CUUUGCAGAUAUGUGACCCAAGCCGAGCAAGAGUCCAUGAACGGAAAUCUGGAAGAAUCCCUCAAACUUUACAGCCAGGCUGAUGAAAUUCAGCCCAGCGAAAGUCUGAAGGGGUGCAUCAAAAACCUGGAGGAGAAGUUGGUGACCCUGGAUUUGGAUCAGGAGUCGGAUGAAUAUGUGGACGUCUGCCAGAGUGGGCUCCUGUUGUACAAGGAGAUACACGACAAGCUGUUUGAGCAUCAGAAGGAAGGGGUUGCCUUUUUGUACAGUCUCUUCCGGGAUGGAAGGAAAGGUGGUAUUCUGGCCGACGACAUGGGCUUGGGAAAGACCAUCCAGAUCAUCGCCUUUCUUUCAGGGAUGUUCGAUGCCAACCUGGUCAGGCACGUUCUACUCAUCAUGCCAGUUACCUUGGUUAACAACUGGGUGCAAGAGUUUGUCAAGUGGGCCCCGGGAAUCCGGGUGAAGGUUUUCCACGGCAACAGCCGGAAGGAACGGCGCCAGAACCUGGAACGGGUGCAGAACAAAAAGGGGGUCCUUCUCACCUCGUACCAGAUGAUCUUGGCCAACUGCGAACAGCUCUCCACUUCGGACCAGCAGGAGUUCGUCUGGGACUACAUCAUCUUGGACGAAGCGCACAAGAUAAAAUCGCCGUCGGCUAAAACCACCAAAUCGGUGUAUGCCAUCCCCGCCAAAAACCGCAUCCUCCUCACUGGGACGCCAGUGCAGAACAACCUACGAGAGCUGUGGGCUCUCUUUGAUUUUGCUUGCCAAGGGGCACUGCUUGGCACUGCCAAAACCUUCCGGAUGGAGUAUGAAAACCCCAUCACCAAGGCCCGGGAGAAGGACGCAACUCCCGGAGAAAAAGCCCUAGGCCUUAAGAUCUCCGAGAACCUGAUGACCAUCAUUCAGCCGUAUUUCUUGCGGCGAAGUAAAGGCACGAUACAGACGCAGAGCUCAGAACGAGAAAGCUGUUUGCCGGGAGAGGAGAACAGCACUGCUGUUCUAGAGAUGCCAUCUCUCCCCAGAAAAAACGACUUCAUUGUGUGGGUUUACUUAGCGCCCAUGCAAGAAGAAAUCUAUAGGAACUUCCUCGACUUGGACCAUAUCAAGGAGUUGCUCAUGACGACUCGUUCCCCGUUGGCUGAGUUGACCGUCUUGAAGAAACUGUGUGAUCACCCCAGGCUUCUGUCGGCGCAAGCUUGCAUCCAGCUCGGCUUGGAGGUCUCGGGCUACUCUGAGCAAGAGGAAGGGGAAGCUGAGGCCGUUUCUGACAUGACCCGGGAAAUCAAAAACGUGCCCAGUCAGGUUCUGAUUGAGGAGUCCGGCAAGUUGAGGUUCCUCUUGGCGCUGCUGGAGAAUCUGCGGGAAGAAGGGCACCAAACUCUCGUGUUCUCCCAGUCGAGGAAAAUGCUCGAUAUCAUAGAAUGCAUCUUGACUCAUCGGCGUUUUAAGGUGAUGCGUAUCGACGGGACGGUGACUUGCCUAGCGGAGCGGGAGAAGAGGAUUGGCGCGUUUCAGAACGACAAAGGCUAUUCGGUCUUCCUCCUGACCACGCAGGUGGGCGGCGUUGGGCUCACCUUAACUGCUGCUUCCCGCGUGGUGAUCUUUGACCCCAGCUGGAACCCCGCCACGGAUGCCCAAGCCGUCGACCGGGCUUACAGGAUCGGGCAGAAGGAGAACGUUGUGAUCUACAGGCUCAUCACCUGUGGGACGGUGGAGGAAAGGAUCUACCGGCGCCAAGUCUUCAAGGACUCGCUCAUACGGCAGGGCACGGGCGAUAAGAAGAACCCCUACAGGUAUUUCACCAAGCAGGAGCUGAGGGAACUGUUCACGCUGGAAGAUACCAGGAGCUCGGUGACGCAACUGCAGCUCCAGUCUUUGCAUGCCAACCAAAGGAAUUCGGACCUGCAGCUGGACGAGCACAUUGCGUAUCUCCACUCUUUGCACAUGUUCGGCAUAUCGGAUCACGACCUGAUGUACUCGCGUGAAACGGCUCACGAGGAGCAACCGGAAGACGAGGAGGCCCAUCAGUACAUCGAGCACAGGGUCCAGAAAGCCCAAGAACUGGUGCAACUGGAGUCUCAGCUCGUAGACGCGAGACAGCAGAAACACCCAUCAAGAUGUCUUCCGUGUAAUUGAAGGCCUUCUCUAGAUCUUUAUUGCAAUGUUUGUCUUACCGGGAAGGCCGGCUGCUGCAGGACUUUUGGCGAUUGCCGGAGCUGAGCUAGAGAUUUCCAUUUUUCUGCCCUUCCAGAGACCUCUCUAUCAACCAACUUGCUUUCUACUUCGCUCAUUUUUGGACGGCCUUCUUCAGGAAGGGGCAGCCAAAGACGUACUUCCCCCACGGUGAUUUUUGGUGGUGCCAAAUUUCCACAACUCUCCUUGUCCCAAUAAUUUAUUUGACUCUCCUGUUGGUUUUCCAGUUAACUUUGUUGGGUGUUAUUGGGGCGUUAUUAGAAACCAGCGUCCACAUCCGAAAAAUGGAGGAUGAGAAUAUAUUCUCGGUUCAAGGCUGCAAUUUUCCCUUUCAAAGAACGAGUAGACUUCAGUGGGGGAAUGGCUGGCAGCUGAACAAUCUUCUGGUUCCAGGUCAUAGUUUGCAUGGUACUCCACAAAGUUUAGCAAGGAUCAGCCAUGCCUGUUUCUCUUCAAAAGGAAAUGAGAAGGACAAAUGUUGUAUUAGACGCAGUGGAGCACAUUUAGCUCAAUAAGUGUACUGGAUAUAAUUGUUUGGAGUUACCUUUCUCCAGCUGGGGGGAGAGGAAAUGAAUCAAGCCCCAAGAAAGUGAAAAAUGUCUCUUUGGGGUUCUUCCUA